CUGAAGGAAUAAAACAGGACCUUCACCAUGCAUCUUGGACUGGAUGAGAGCAGGGAAUGCCAGUACAACCAGAUCUGCACCCAUCACAACUCCACGCUUAUGGAGACCCCUCACACAAAGAAGAGGGUAAAGAAAAAGUGGCAGGUCUUUCCAGGCCGGAACAAGUUUUACUGUGACGGCAGGAUCAUGAUGGCAAAGCAGACCGGUGUGUUUUACCUCACCAUGGCAUUGAUCCUGGUCACCAGCGGGCUCUUCUUUGCAUUCGACUGCCCGUAUUUGUCCUCCAACCUGAGUCCAGCCAUUCCAGCCAUUGGCGGCGUGCUCUUUGUCUUCGUCAUGGUCAUGCUGCUCCGUGCCAGCUUCAGCGACCCGGGUGUUUUACCCAGAGCCACUCCAGAUGAGGCGGCUGAUGUAGAAAGACAGAUAGAUGCAGCUAAUGGAGUGAAUGGUGCGGGAUCACGUCCUCCUCCCAGAACCAGAGAGGUGCUCAUCAAUGGCCAAACUGUUAAACUGAAGUACUGCUUCACCUGCAAGAUCUUCAGACCCCCGAGAGCUUCGCACUGCAGCCUGUGUGAUAACUGCGUGGAGAGGUUUGACCACCACUGCCCCUGGGUGGGUAACUGCGUGGGGAAGCGAAACUAUCGCUUCUUCUACCUGUUCAUCCUCUCCCUGUCCUUCCUCACCAUCUUCAUCUUUGCCUUCGUCAUCACCCACGUCAUCCUGAGAUCCAACCGGACCGGCUUCCUGAGCGCCCUUAAGGAUAACCCGGGCACUGUUCUGGAGGUGGUGGUAUGUUUUUUCUCCGUCUGGUCCAUCGUGGGUUUGUCGGGCUUCCACACCUACCUGAUCAGCUCCAACCUCACCACCAACGAGGACAUUAAAGGCUCAUGGUCAUCCAAACGAGGCAAAGGCAACUACAACCCUUACAGCUAUGGUAACAUCCUCACCAACUGCUGCGCUGCCCUCUGUGGUCCUGUACCACCCAGUUUGAUUGACAGGAGAGGCCUUGUAGAACCAGACGCUCCUCAGCUGGCACCUCAGUCAGACAGCACCAACACGUGUCCCACCACUCAGUUUCAGAGUCACAUGUGUCACCAAGACCAGUGCAUUCAGAGCACCAAGUUCGUUCUGCAGGCCGCCACCACGCCCCUCCUGCACGCCCAGCCCGUGUUGCUGAGCGGAGGCACCGUCCUGCAGGUCAAACCCUCUAUGGUGAUGCCGUGCGCGCUCCAUCCCUCGCUCCCCUCGUCCACCACCAGCCUGGGCUGUGGAGGAGAGCUGCUGGCUUUACAUGACCCUGAAAGUCACUGCCAUCACCACCAGCUCAGCCACGAGCACUACGCCAGCCCGGAGGAGCUGCCCUCUCCGGUCAUGGCUCUGCCCUGCACUGCCCAUCUGGCACAGCUGUAUGACCCAGCCAGCCAGGACUCGCUACACGAGGAUUCGGUCCGCGGCCUGGUCAAACUCAGCUCAGUGUGACGAAUGGACAGAGUACAUCAUUUCUAUUCAUGGGACUAUUAUUGAAGAGCGUAUAGGACAUGAACACCUUAAAAAGGAGUCUUUUGGAAAGCUAUUCUGGAAAGCAGAUCCUUUACUGUACUCAUGGUCCACUUAAGGGGUGUCGAAGGACCUCGUGCAGGAAACCAGUGCAGCAUACAGACAGGAAGAGACUGUCGUUCCUCUAUGGCACUUAAAAUGUUCUUAUUUUUGAACAAACACGCACAUGUUAUUAUGUGAAUUUUAAACAGGUUCUGUGAUCUGAUGCUAUCAGAGUGUGUCCGACCCCGCCCGCCUCUGAAUCUAAUAAUAAUUAUCUGUAGAUCAGUGGUAUUUAAUACCUGUAUCUGAUGCAUUUUCAUGCACCCCAACAAAUAAAAAACACCAAAAUAUCUUAUAA